AUGGAAAGCCCCCUCACAGUCCUGCGGGUGAGCCUGCACCACCCCACCCAGGACCCCACCGUCUUCGCCACCGUCCCCCUGCGGCUGCAGCACGACACCAGCCCGCUGCUGGUGGGGCGGGGCCGGGACGCCCACCUGCAGCUGCAUCUCCCUCGCCUGUCCCGCCAGCACCUGUCCCUGGAGCCCUACCGGGAGAAGGGCAGCGCGACACUGGCCUUCAACCUCAAGGCCCUGAGCCGUAGGGGCUGCGUGUGGGUCAAUGGGCUGACGCUGAGAUUCCUGGAACAGGUCCCCCUGAGCCCCGUUAACAGAGUCGCCUUCUCCGGCAUCCAGAUGGUGGUCCGCGUAGAGGGAGGCACCUCCCUGGAGGCCUUUGUCUGCUGCUUCCACGUUAGCCCCUCACCCCUCAUUCACAGGCCCCGGGCAGAGGAGACUAAUGAAUGGGAAGACAUCCGAGGAACCACCUGGCCCAGGUUCAGAGCAACUGGCUCCAGGUCGCCUGGGCUUUCUCCACGGCCCUCCCCAGACUGGGGACAGCUCACCCCCGCCAAGCAGGGGAGGAGGACCAGAAAUACAGCUCCAGAGGGAGACCGCAGACGGCGCGCUCUGCUAGCCCCGCCGCGAGAGCACGCCUUGGCUGAAACAGGACUGGAAAUGUUCGAGCUACAUCAGGCACCAGGGGCUUAG